CAGUUCAGCCUUCACAGCUUCAACUUGUUAUAGAUAAAGUUUAUCGCAUAUGUUUAAUUGUGAAUAAUUGCGCUGCAAUUAUAAAUAAAGAGGAAAAAAAGAAAAGGCACAUUUUGGUGAACGUUUGAAAGAAUAAAAAUCGUCAAAAUGACGGAAGAAAAAGCGGAAAUUGACUGGGGAAAUGAUAAACUACAACGAGCCCAAAAAACAAUUGAUGAAUCGUCCUACGACCUUGAAGCAUGGAGUAUAUUAAUUAGAGAAGCACAAAAUCGACCAAUCACUGAAGUUCGACCCCUUUUUGAAAAACUUGUUACAGUAUAUCCUUCUGCAGGACGUUAUUGGAAAAUUUAUAUUGAACAAGAGAUGAAAAUGAGGAACUUUGAAAAGGUUGAAAAGCUUUUCCAAAGGUGCCUUAUGAAAAUUUUAAAUAUCGAAUUAUGGAAAUUGUAUCUUUCAUACGUUAAAGAGACAAAAGCGAGCCUUACAACAUAUAAAGAGAAAAUGGCACAAGCGUACGAUUUUGCAUUGGAAAAAAUAGGAAUGGACAUUCAUUCUUUUAGCAUUUGGAAUGAUUACGUUAUGUUUUUGAAAAGUGUCGAAGCUGUGGGUUCAUAUGCUGAGAAUCAAAAAAUCAGCGCAGUGAGAAAGGUAUACCAACGAGGAGUGGUGAAUCCAAUGAUAAAUAUGGAACAAUUGUGGAAGGAUUACAUGGCAUUUGAACAAAAUAUAAAUCCUAUUAUUGCCGAAAAAAUGGCAAUUGAAAGAUCAAGGGAUUAUAUGAAUGCGAGACGUGUCGCUAAAGAAUUGGAAGCUGUAACUAGAGGUUUAAACAGAAGUGCUCCAAGUAUUCCUCCAACUGGACAUCCAGAUGAAGUAAAACAGGUUGAAUUAUGGAAGAAAUAUAUUGCUUGGGAAAGAAGUAAUCCAUUGAGAACGGAAGAUACAUCAUUGGUAGCGCGACGAGUAAUGUUUGCCAUUGAACAAUGUUUAUUGUGUCUUGGACAUCAUCCAGCAGUUUGGCAUCAAGCCGCACAUUUUCUUGAAUUAAGUUCAAAAAUUCUCACUGAAAAAGGUGAUGUUAAUGCAUCGAAACAACUUAGCGAUGAGGCAGCGACAAUGUUUGAAAGAGCAACAAGUACAUUGCUUUCAAAAAAUAUGUUACUUUAUUUUGCGCACGCCGAUUUUGAAGAGGGUCGAGUAAAAUACGAUAAAGUACAUCAAAUUUAUCAAAAAUUUCUCGAUAUCGCCGAUAUUGAUCCCACAUUGGCUUAUGUUCAAUAUAUGAAAUUUGCUAGACGCGCCGAAGGAAUAAAAUCGGCGAGAAUAGUUUUUAAAAGAGCACGUGAAGAUCAGAGAUGCAAGCAUCAUGUUUAUGUUGCUGCCGCUCUAAUGGAAUAUUAUUGUACCAAAGACAAAAAUAUAGCAUUCCGCAUUUUUGAAUUAGGCUUAAAGAAAUUUGGCGACAAUCCAGAAUAUAUUCUUUGCUAUAUAGAUUACUUGUCUCAUUUAAAUGAGGACAAUAAUACAAGAGUAUUAUUUGAGAGAGUAUUAUCAUCGGGUAGUUUAGAACCAGAAAAAUCAGUAGAUAUUUGGAACCGUUUUCUCGAAUUCGAAUCGAAUAUUGGAGAUUUAGCUAGUAUUGUUAAAGUUGAAAAACGACGAAGUGCUGUUUUAGAAAAGAUUAAAGAGUUUGAAGGUAAAGAAACAGCUCAAUUGGUAGAUCGUUACAAGUUUUUGGAUUUAUAUCCCUGUACAGCAAUGGAAUUACGAUCGAUUGGUUACGUCGAGGUAUCAAGUAUAAGUAGAAAUUCUACUGGACCAGUUUCACGAAUUCCUGAUCAAGAAGAAGCUUUGGCUUCAUUGCCAAGACCUGACAUAUCGCAAAUGAUUCCAUUUAAGCCAAAACUCAAUGCAUUGCCAGGUGAACAUCCGGUACCAGGUGGUGUAUUUCCUUUGCCUCCAGCGGCAGCUCAAUUGUGCACUAUUUUACCACCACCAGGAUGUUUCAGAGGACCAUUUGUUACAAUUGAUUUACUAAUGGACGUGUUUAGUAGAAUUCAGUUACCAGAGCACGCUCCUCUACCAAUAUCAGACAAUGGUUGUGACACAAAAUUAUUCGACCUGGCAAAAAGUGUUCACUGGAUAGUUGAUGAAGCAAAUGACGGAACAGCAAUUGGAACGAAACGAAGAAGAACAAGAUUAGGUGGUGAUGAUAGUGAAGAAGAAGAUUUACCACCACCACCAGUCAACGAUAUUUAUCGACAAAGACAACAAAAACGAGUGAAAUAAAAAAUUACGUUUUUAUUUCUUUUUCUUUUUAUCAACAAAACUCAGGGUAAUUUGGAAUUAUUUGAACCAAAUUCAACAUUUCGAUCCUUCUUCCCUGCCGUUUUUUCAAACAUCAAUAUAAAAUGGUUAUUAUAAAUAUUUUAUAUAUUUUUUCUGCAAUUUGUAUACUGUGAAGCGAUGAUUAUGUAUAUUUGAGAUUGGUUUACCAAACUCGUGAGAAUAUUAGUCAUAUAGUGAACAUGUUACUUUUUUUCUGAGUACUAUGUACUCAAAAGUGCGUGAAAGCAUUCCACAGUUGAGAAUGUGUUUUUUUUUUUGUAUCGUCCAAUAAUAAUACACCUUAAAAAAAUAUCUUUAAGUGCAUUGUACUCUAAAGUUAUAAAGGAACGAUCAACUUUAGCCAAUAACUUAGAUGAUAAUUUUUAUGAAUAAAUAAAAUGUAUAACUAUAAA